AUGGCGGCGCGUCUCGUUCUCGUGGCGGCGCUCUUGAGGGCAGCCGCGGCCGCCGAAACUGCCGCCAACGGGACGGCCGCGCCUGCCGCCACCCCGUCAGGGAGCGGAGGCCACGGCCAGGGGAUGGGCCCUGCCACAGCCACACCCACGCUGCCCGGCGCCCCCUCGGCUUCGGGGCUGUUCGGGCUGGGGCUGCCGGCCCUCCGGCGCGCCCUCUUCGUCUUCUUGGCCCUCGCCGCCCUGGGCCUCCUGUAUUACCUCGGCGGCCGAGUGUUCCGUGCAAGGAAGCCCGCACGGAAGAAAUACGGUCUUCUUUCUAACUCUGAAGAUAACAUGGAGAUGGCUUCUCUGGAGAGUGAUGAAGACACACUAUUUGAAACACGGAAUCUGAGGCGAUGAUGACGGGAUCCAGCAGCUUGACAGCCGAGGCUCGACCAGAGAAAGGGCAGACCUGCUGUCCACAAGCUCCGCCUUUCUCGAUUUCUCAAUUUUUUUUUGGUAUAAACUUUUCCAAGCCACUCGUCAUGCUGCUUAGUGGUACAACCCCUCCUUUUCCUGCGGAAGCAAUCCGGGAGGAGUGCUGGCACCCUCUCUUGAUGGACGUGCUGAAUGUGGCCAAUGGGAACAUAAACUGUGACUAAAAACGGGAGGGGGGAUGCGGAGAGGAGGGGUGGGAGGGGCCUUCGUGGCCUCCGGCGAGGCGAGGGGUGAAGAGGCCGUCAUCUCUGCAUGCUGACUUGGGGGCAGGGAUCCCCGUGGCCACCAACAGGUGCCACCCAUUUUAGCUUUAGGACCAGCUGUGGUAUUUGCGGCUGGCGCCCGUUCCGCAGGCUGGAGAGCUCAGGCGUGCCAUGACCAAAGUGGAGCAAGCUUGCCUGCUGCUCCGCGGCUGUGCUUAGUUUGGGAAAUCACAGGCAAUUAGGAGGAGGGUUGGGCCAUACUGGAACCCAGGGUUGGUUUGCUCUUUGGGGCCUGUGCGCAGUACCUGGAAUGGCCUUGGUCACACUUUCAAGCCAUAUACUUUAGAGAGAGCCAGGGAGUGGGGGGUGGGGAAGAGAGGCUGCCUCAACAAUUGCUGCUCAGCGUCUGGGGGGCGUGCAGCUCUGGGCUGGUUAAGGUUGCAGGGAAGUAGCAGGUCAGGCCCAAAGUCUUGGUGUCGUUUGGCUGCUGGCUUCAAAGCAGGAGUUGAUAACAAGGCCACGAUGGGUGCCUAGCGAGUGAAGAAAGCUGGGUACAAAUAGCCAGAGCUAAUGGUGAUGUGCCCCUGUAGUAAAAUGAGAGGGCAACGUGGCACACUUCCACCUGCACUGUGCAUGACAUGCCAGAUCUGCCAGUCAGAAUCCGUUUCAUUGCCACUGCUGUGUAGCUGGGCUCUUCUCUCCCCCCCUUCCCCUCCCCCCCCCGAAGGAUUGUAAAUUCAGCUCCAAAUGGGACCAAGUGGAGUGAGACAACUUCCUGUGUUAUUAGUUUGAAGGCUAAUCCUUGGCAAUAAUUGCAACUUUUCCUGUUCUGUGUCAUUAUGUGUAAUGAACAGCCUUUUAAAAAUACGUUCGGUUUACACAAGAGACACACUUUGGAAUAGGACCAACUCUGGUGAAGGAAGGGUAUGGGGUUCUUUGUGCGUGUGCGUAAUUAGCAGAAGUCCUGCUUUGGUCCUUCAAGGGAUGGAAGCGUUGGGAUCCUCCUUUUCAAAACCCUUUGCUCGUCUUUGGGACACAAGACAGGCAGACGCUGUUUGAAGGACCAGAACUCUUAUACAAGCUUGUUUCCGAUUCUGUCUGGGACCACCUGGGUAGAGGUGGAGGAAAUGCUGUCUGCUUUUUAAAUUUAUUCUGAGAUUCAGUCUUUUUUUUAAAAAGAGUUUUAAAAAAAAUAAUCCUAUGUUAUUAAUCUGUUAAACUAUUAUUCUUGCAUAUGUUUUAUUUUUUACAUUUCUUAUUCUCAAAAAUAAAAAUCCAGCAGACGUUUAGCGAACUAAUAAA